AUGGAGCAGCAGCUGUCAGCCACACUGAUGAUCAUCGUAGUUCAGGAGCUUUCACGUGUUAUAAAAGAGAAUGGCAUGAAGCCACUGUUCAAACGUUCUCAGCACAUACUAGGCAGUUCUAGCAGGGGCGCUGUGAGCACAAUAUGGAAACUUAGUAUCAACAUCGGUGGUGCCAGAUUAUUCAGCAUCUUGCCUGAAGAUAUCGAACACUGCUGGGACAAGUGGGCCCACAACAUUCACAAGGGACAUGCUGUCUGUGAUGGAGAGGAAGAGCUGCACUGUGACUCAUGGGGACCAGUUAGAGAGGAAGAGCUGCACUGUGACUCAUGGGGACCAGUUAGAGAGGAAGAGCUGCACUGUGACUCAUGGGGACCAGUUAGAGAGGAAGAGCUGCACUGUGACUCAUGGGGACCAGUUAGAGAGGAAGAGCUGCACUGUGACUCAUGGGGACCAGUUAGAGAGGAAGAGCUGCACUGUGACUCAUGGGGACCAGUUAGAGAGGAAGAGCUGCACUGUGACUCAUGGGGACCAGUUAGAGAGGAAGAGCUGCACUGUGACUCUUGGAGACUAGUUAGAGAGGAAGAGCUGCACUGUGACUCUUGGAGACCAGUUAGAGAGGAAGAGCUGCACUGUGACUCAUGGGGACCAGUUAGAGAGGAAGAGCUGCACUUUAGAGAGGAAGAGCUGCACUGUGACUCAUGGGACCAGUUAGAGAGGAAGAGCUGCACUGUGACUCAUGGGGACCAGUUAGAGAGGAAGAGCUGCACUGUGACUCAUGGGGACCAGUUAGAGAGGAAGAGCUGCACUGUGACUCAUGGGGACCAGUUAGAGAGGAAGAGCUACUGUGACUCAUGGGGACCAGUUAGAGAGGAAGAGCUGCACUGUGACUCAUGGGGACCAGUUAGAGAGGAAGAGCUACACUGUGACUCAUGGGGACCAGUUAGAGAGGAAGAGCUGUACUGUGACUCAUGGGGACCAGUUAGAGAGGAAGAGCUACACUGUGACUCAUGGGGACCAGUUAGAGAGGAAGAGCUGUACUGUGACUCAUGGGGACCAGUUAGAGAGGAAGAGCUGCACUGUGACUCAUGGGGACCAGUUAGAGAGGAAGAGCUGCACUGUGACUCUUGGAGACCAGUUAGAGAGGAAGAGCUGCACUGUGACUCAUGGAGACCAGUUAGAGAGGAAGAGCUGCACUGUGACUCUUGGAGACCAGUUAGAGAGGAAGAGCUGCACUGUGACUCUUGGAGACCAGUUAGAGAGGAAGAGCUGCACUGUGACUCAUGGGGACCAGUUAGAGAGGAAGAGCUGCACUGUGACUCAUGGGGACCAGUUAGAGAGGAAGAGCUACACUGUGACUCAUGGGGACCAGUUAGAGAGGAAGAGCUGCACUGUGACUCAUGGGGACCAGUUAGAGAGGAAGAGCUGCACUGUGACUCAUGGGGACCAGUUAGAGAGGAAGAGCUGCACUGUGACUCAUGGGGACCAGUUAGAGAGGAAGAGCUGUACUGUGGCUCAUGGGGACCAGUUAGAGAGGAAGAGCUGCACUGUGACUCAUGGGGACCAGUUAGAGAGGAAGAGCUGCACUGUGACUUAUGGGGACCAGUUAGAAAGGAAGAGCUGCACUGUGACUCAUGGGGACCAGUUAGAGAGGAAGAGCUACACUGUGACUCAUGGGGACCAGUUAGAAAGGAAGAGCUGCACUGUGACUCAUGGGGACCAGUUAGAGAGGAAGAGCUGUACUGUGACUCAUGGGGACCAGUUAGAAAGGAAGAGCUGCACUGUGACUCAUGGGGACCAGUUAGAGAGGAAGAGCUGCACUGUGACUCAUGGGGACCAGUUAGAAAGGAAGAGCUGCACUGUGACUCAUGGGGACCAGUUAGAGAGGAAGAGCUACACUGUGACUCAUGGGGACCAGUAUCAGGUGUUGCAGGAUCUCUGCCAACCGCACCUCACGUUACAGGUGGAUGCGCGAGUCGUGUGUUUGUCGAGGGUGGCCCAGGAUCCUACACACAACCUCCGCCAUAUCUCCCGCAACACAGGCGGGAUGAGGUUGCCACUAUGACCGGGGCUGACCUAACCUCUGUUGUAGUUGUCCUGCACCAUAACAACCACAAUAACAACAAUAACAAGCUGAAGGAUCGUCGGUCGUGUCGUAGGUCUACAGAGGAGUCAUUAGACUGCCACUCCUCUGAUGACGCUGACCUCUGGAGCCACAAACGGGCCAUUGCGGCGUACGAGCACGUGGUGGCCAGGAUGGGUGAACUCAACGGCACCGCCCACGCCCACCACACUGACCUGCUCUUCCUCAAGGGACUCAUGGACUCGCCUAUCAUGAAGUCCCUCGUCAAGGUACAAGACACAUUAGAGGAUGGUGUGGGAGUAGCAGAACCUGUGUCCUCGGGAAACGCCAAGCUCGUCUCUCAGAUCCGCCAGCUGUGUGAAGGAUCAACGAGUGCUCCUUCACAAGAGCUUGCAGACCUCCUCCAUCGGCCCCACCUGCUGGCACUUUUAGAAACUCAUGAUACUAUAGCUGACCGUCGACAUAUAGGAGACGCAGGCACUUCAAGUAACGGUUAUAGCAGUGUGAACGGUUGCCACGAGAACGCUACAUUCAUGCCAGAGGAAAAUGGGUACCCGGUGGACGCCAUCAGGAUGGUGGGCCUCCGUAAAAGACCUGACGAACCCCUUGGGCUAACGGUGCGGGAAGAUGAGAAUAGCUAUUUAGUCAUAGCAAGAAUAAUGGCAGGAGGCACCAUUGACAGACAAGGCCUUUUGCAUGUUGGUGAUGCAAUCUGUGAAGUCAAUGGAGUUAAGGUUACAAGUCUACAGGCAUUACAUAAGGAAGUGGAGAAGUGUCGAGAUUCUGUAACAUUGAAAGUGAUACCAGCCCUACAUGAUCUACCAUCCAGUAACCAGGUAACCAGCAGCCUCCACCCAGAUUCUACAAAGACUGUUUGUUACAUGCGAGCACUCUACUCCUAUGAUCCAGCUGAAGACACUCUCCUUCCAACCUGCCCAUCACAGUCUCCACAAGACAUCGGCCUCAAAUUUGAAAAGGGUGAUGUAUUACAGGUAAUUGUAACCGUAAUUGAAAUUGAAAUUAUAUCCUUUUAUCCUUCACAGCAAAGUCAAAUUUGUUUUCAUUUUAUAUUCAGUCAAAGUGUGUUUUAUUUAAAUGAAGCUGGUCUUAAAGCACAAGAAAGGUCUGGCCUCAUUCCCUCCCAAGAACUAGAAGAACGACGCAAGGCUUUUGUAAGACAAGAACAUGAUUACGUACACAAGAUUGGUAUUUGUGGCACGAGGAUAUCAAAACGUAAAAAGAAACUCAUGUUUUCCACGAAGAAAAGUACAGACUACGAUCAGGCAGAGUUGAUAUUGUACGAAGAAGUAGCUCGGAUGCCCCCAUUUAUGCGCAAGACACUUGUGCUUAUUGGUUCACAUGGCGUUGGAAGAAGAACUAUUAAAAAUCAAGUAAUUGCUUCAGAUCCAUCAAAGUUUGGAACUACAUUACCUCAUACCUCAAGACCCAUGAGAGAGUUGGAAGAAGAUGGAAAAGCUUACCACUUCACCACCCGAGAAGCAAUGGAAGCAGAUAUUCGUCAGCAUCGCUAUUUAGAAUAUGGCGAGCUCAAUGGAAACCUGUAUGGCACCAAGUUAGACUCCAUUCUUUCCAUUAUCAGAUCUGGAAAGAUGUGUGUAUUGGACUGCUCACCUGCUUCUCUAAAGUACCUGCGGAAUUCAAGUGAAAUGUUACCAUAUGUGAUCUUUCUGGCAGCCCCUGGUAUGGACCAGAUCAAGAGUUUGUACAAUAUUGGCAGUUCAAUGGGAUCCUCCAGUCGUAACCUCACUUUUGAUCGCAACAGCUCCAUGAGAUACAGCUCCCGACGUGCCAGGACAUUAGAGUCUUUGGCUUCCCUCUAUGAGGAAGAUGAUUUCAAGCGCACAAUGGAGGAAAGUGCGAAACUACAACGAGCUUAUGAUAAAUAUUUUGACUUGAUCAUUGUUAAUAAUGAUCUUAACGAAACUUUUCAAGAAAUUAUGGAUGCCAUUGACCGCCUGGAAACUGAGCCUCAGUGGGUUCCUGUGACAUGGGUUUACUAAUGCAGUUGUUGAAGAGAGUUCACUUAAAGGGAAUGUGUAUAUUUGAUAUACAGGUACCUUACUGUACAUUAUUGUCUGAAGUUAUUGUUAUUGUUAAACCUUUUAAUACACACACAAUGGCAGCAGCACCCAGGGGGUGCUUGGGGAAGAUUCAGCAACCCUCCCCCCCCAAAUAACAAUAGUAAUAAUAAAGCUGUUUCAAAACAGGUUUAACUCCAUUUCCAACCAGUGAGCCACCCAUAAGCCCCCUUGGUAUACAAAUUUAGUGCUGCUCCUGCACAUACACGUACUGUAUAGCUCUUCCAGUAAACAGUCAACAGUUUCAAAAUUUAGUUAUUAAUUAUUUCCUGUGGAUUUGAAAAUCCAGUUAGUUUUUAUCUGAAAAAGAAUUAAGGUAACAUUUUAGAUUUGAAAUGGUGUAAUAUGUAUUGAUCAAUCAGUAAAGUGCAAUACUGUUUGGAAGAUAAUACCUAUAGGACAUCGAAAGCUUUUUCAUUUCUGUAAGUUGUCAUGUCUUCCAUGAAAAUCAAAGUUACAAAACAAAAAUAACAUAAUUCAAAAAUUAAUAAUAUAAUUAGUUGUUGAAAAACUAAAACUACCUAACUUAAUUUCGUGUUAAACGGUCAGUUGUUAAAGAAAUUGAGCCAAGUUAUAUCCGUACAUACUGUGCUCUUUUAUCACUCAUUACUUUAAAAGUUGCAUUACUUGCUGUAUUAUAGAAGCUUAUGUAAUUUUCACAUAAUAUUUUCUCUUGAAAUCAUUCCUUAGCAUAGGUCUUUAAUAAAUUUGGAAUUAUUAUAAGAUUUGUUAAUAUGGUUGAAAAGUUAUUCAUAUUGGUGCUAUACUAACAAUUUUGAAUUUAAAAAAAAAAAAAUCAAGUCUUACAGUUUUAUAUGUUACACUAUUGAGUUCUCUUGAAGAUAGCUCUUCCCCCAACUCUUCAACAAUAUGAUCUAGUAAAGAAUUACCCUAGAUCAUCACCAUAUAAAGAAUUAAAGGUUUCUUAACAAAAAAUGCUAUACACCAAAGCUUCCAGUGUGUAUGCCAUUUCCUGCUCUUUUUUUUCUCUCCAAUACAUUGGUGAAAAUGACUAAUCCCCUUUCUUGAAGAACACAAGUGUGUUUGCCUUGGUGGCACUAACUUUUUUUCUUUUUUUUUUUAAGGUUUGAGUAGAGAUCUGUUCCUCUUCCAGUCUUUACAGAUGCACUCUUAUUGAACCAUCUCUUAUAUACAACAGUCCUAGCUGUGUUUCUGCUGGUGCUUGCCACAAACUGCAAAACCCAUGUUCUGUUUUCUAGGGGGAGAAGGGGAAUGCCUUGAUGUUGAAGGGCUCUUGAUUCAAAAAUUUGAGUUAUCUUCCCUUUCUUAGAUUGAAUCAGAUUGCAAUCCAUUCGCAGCCACUAUUCUACCUCUACAAAUUCAGCAUUUUCCUGUGAAUGUUACAAUAAUAAUUCAGAACUCAUGACUGACUUGAUCUUGACUAUCUCAUCACCUGACUAGCCUCAUAGUAUUCUCUUCACUUGACUGUCUUCUGGGCUUUCCUUCUCUCAAUUGUGACGUGGUCAAAAACAGACCAAAACGUCUUUUUAGCCUAAAGUUUCUUCUCUCAAGUGUUGGUUAGUUGUAAAUGUUUUAUUUCAGAUUAAAAACAGGUUUAAUUUAAAACUAAAGGUAAAUUCGCCACACUAAAUAUUCUUGCCUUGAAUUUAAAGUAUUUGUGCACAAAAUACACACUAAGCUAAAUUGAAUAGUUCAAAAUCGAGAUUUGUAUUAUACUGUAUGAAAAAAGUUAUAUUUAUUUUAAUCAAGGAAGUGAUAAGCUGUAGGUGUUAUAAAUAAUUAUUAUUAUUAUUAUUAUAUUAUUAUAAAGAAGAAGUACUAAAUUAGGUGUUAUAUAGGGUAAGGGAGGUAUUUAUGGUUGAUCCAAGAGGACAAUAAGUCCAGCUCCUUGGAUCAAGAGUCUUUUUACAGCUUCAAGGUACAGUGGACCCCCGGAUAACGAUAUUAUUUCAAUCCAGAAGUCUGUUUGGGUGCCGUUAUAGACCGAAUUUGUUCCCAUAAGAGAUAUUGUGAAUUAGAUUAGUUCGUUUCAGACCCCCAAAAAUACACCUACAAAAGCACUUACAAAAAUACACUUACAUAAUUGGUCGAGUUGGGAGCUGAUCGUUAUGCGGGGGUCCACUGUAUAUUCCUUGAGUGGAAUUAAAAAAAAAAAGCAUAGCACCUGUGAUUAUAUUCAAACUGGCUUAAAAAGAUUUGGUGCACUUUUGUUAUGUAAUAAUAGUAUUUAAUCAGUAUAUUAGGCUCUUAACUUUUUUGCAGUUAUUAUUGCAUUUUUAUGAAGAAAAUUCUCAUUCCCUAAAUAACCAAAAUGAAUGUUAUACUGCAAAGUAGUAUAGCAAAGCUCAAACAUUUAAUGAACAAAUGGAAAGAAUUUUUACACUUGAAUAAUAUGCUGGAUUUUUCUUACUUCAGUAAACUCCAAACUCAAGCAUAUCCACAGGUAUAUCUAAAGGUAUUUAUUAUCUUGUGGUGUCUUGACAUGAGAAUGAAGCUUUCAUGAAGUUAAUGCUUUACCACAUUUUUCUGACCAGACAAUACUGGUGCCUUUAUAUAUUAGUAAGACAAAAUACUGUGGCUGUUAAGAAGUCAAAUGUAAGCCAAAUAAAAUUAGCCAUAACUUAUCAUGUGCAACAAUAAUUAAUUUGUUGUUUCAUUAUAAGAGAUAAAUUAGUCAAAAUUUUACAGAUACACUACUAUAUAUUUUAAUUAUAUUUCAAUACUGUUUCUUAAUCUGAAUUCAAGAUAGAACAUAUGCAAUGUUAUGGUCAGAAAGCAAAAUAUUUAAGCAAAUAUGUUCAUUACUGCUGUAUAAUAAACUAUUGUACUGAUUAUUUUAAUUGGGCAGGUAUUAAACCUGUGAGAAGUCAUAUUGCACCUGGGAAAUGGAAGGCAUUCAGAUUCAGUCCAAGGAAGGGGAGGAUAGGUCCAGUUCUUUAAGAUCAAGAGUCCCCUCACUAGCAUCAAGGCACGUUAACAAAUGUAAUGACUGAAAAAAUAUGUAAUAAGCUCAACUGUUUAAAACAAGUUAAAGAUGACACAUAAAUAAUAAAUUUGUGUUCAUAGUCAAUCAUUGCCAUUACCAAGUAUUUUAUUUACUUUAUAUCUGUGACUAAUGUGCUCAACUAGGGAUCAAAUUCUUUAUUUACGAGUAAAGUGUGAAUGAAUUCCAUGUCACAUUAGUCCUUGAUUAACCAUAAUUAUCUGCUCAGUUAUGUUUGUGAAAUAUCUAAGAAACAUUACAAUUUUGUUAGAAAUAUGUUCAACCUUUUUUUUUUUUUAACAAGUCGGCCGUCUCCCACCGAGGCAGGGUGACCCAAAAAGAAAGAAAAUCCCCAAAAAGAAAAUACUUUCAUCAUCAUUCAACUCUUUCACCUCACUCACACAUAAUUACUGUUUUUGCAGAGGUGCUCAGAACACAACAGCUUAGAAGCAUAUACGUAUAAAGAUACACAACAUAUCCCUCCAUACUGUCAAUAUCCCGAACCCCUCCUUUAGAGUGCAGGCAUUUGCGUACAUCCCAUUUCCAGGACUCAAGUCCGGCUAUAUAAAAAUAACCGGUUUCCCUGAAUCCCUUCACUAAAUAUUACCCUGCUCACACUCCAACAGAUCGUCAGGUCCCAAAUACCAUUCGUCUCCAUUCACUCCUAUCGAACAUGCUCAUGCACGCCUGCUGGAAGUCCAAGCCCCUCGCCCACAAAACCUCCCUUACCCCUUCCUUCCAACCUUUUCGAGGACGACCCCUACCCCGCCUUCCUUCCCCUACAGAUUUAAAUGCUCUCCAUGUCAUUCUACUUUGAUCCAUUCUCUCUAAAUGACCAAACCACCUCAACAACACCUUGUCAGCCCUCUGACUAAUACUUUUAUUAACUCCACACCUUCUCCUAAUUUCCACACUCUGAAUUUUCUGCAUAAUAUUUACACCAUACAUUGCCCUUAGACAGGACAUCUCUACUGCCUCCAACCGCCUCCUCGCUGCUGUAUUCACAACCCAAGCUUCACACCCAUAUAAGAGUGUUGGUACUACUAUACUUUCAUACUACUCCUAUACUUUUCAUACUCCUCCCCAAUUUGAUAUCUAAAUUUUCUUUAUCUAAAUCAUUUGAUACCUUCAUCACCUUACUCUUUUCUAUGUUCACUUUCAACUUUCUACCUUUACACACACUCCCAAACUCGUCCACUAACCUUUGCAAUUUUUCUUUAGAAUCUCCCAUAAGUACAUCCCUGUCUAAGACCUGCUUUUACCGGGAAGAAGUUUCAACCUUCUUGCCUCACUUAAUUAAUGGCUAGGUGGACUGUGGCCUUACUGACCCCUUCAAAUACACCACACACCAAUAUUUUUGAACUCAGCUUAACUAUUUGAGUCUCCUACCUCCUCUUCAAAUCUUUAAAAAAAAUCUAAGACCAGGCAGGUACAUACAGUGCAUCUUGGGGGUUACACUACCUAAUUAGUAUAAGUAAAUAACGAAACUAGUACCUAUUGAGUAACCACCAGCUUCCUUAACCCUUUCAUUGUCACCCAUUUACAUCAUUGACACCAGUGUAGAUCUGUAUUUAGAGCACAGCAACCUCAAAUAUGCUAUGAGCAGUAUUUUGGCCUAGAUAGAUUUAAGAGACUGGGUAUCUGGAAACCUGCCCCAUCCAGUGCAUGAUUGGAAAAGCAAGCCUUUUGUGUUGGGUUUACAAGAGCAACUUUGAGGUGUUUUCUAUGGUUAUAUUGUUGUUUCUCUGUAUGACCCUUGUGGUUUUAGUGUUUAGUUUUGAUUGUAAUAAUUGCUAUUUCUUAGUAACAGUUGAUAGAACGGAAGACAUACUAGUGAAAUAGAGAUGAUUUUGGUUGGUUUCAGACCAGUAAUAGUUUGAAAUAGGACUCAAGGUGGCAGAAAUAUUAGAUUUUUUGGUGAUUUUCCUAAGAAUGGGUAGGGCUUCCAGUACAGUAGACACCCGGUUUUCGUAAUUGAUCCGUUCCAGAAAGUUGACUGAAAUCCGAAAUGGCUGAAAACCGAAGUAAUAUUUCCCAUAAGAAAUAAUGUAAAUCCAAUUAAUCCGUUUCAGACACCCAAAAGUAUUAACAAAAAAUACAUUUUAGAGAGAAUAACUAUAGUUUUACGUACAGAAAACAAUGAGUAAUAAAUAUAAAUGACUAAUUUUAAUGAUAAAUGAAAUUACAUACUUUUAUUGAAGACUCUUAGUAUAUAUUUGUAAUCCCAAGCAGACUACAUCCCAGUGUAUACCUACCGGCUACAUACACUGCGACCUACAGCCAUAUUAUUGCCAUCAACAUACCAUGUUCACUGAGUUUAAUCGUUUCUAACAAUUAUCCUUCGAUACCAUCAUAAACAAAGGGAGACAUAAUGAAUAAUUCAUGCUGAGAAUGCAAAAAAAAGCUUAUGUAUUAAGGGCAGUUAGUGGGAGAAAAAAAACAGAUUCAUACAGUUUUCUCUAAUGCUGGACCAGAGAAAACGUAAUGUUUACAGUCCACCGCACAUAAACAUUGCAUGUUUAUAUGCUGUGUAACGUGUUUCUUACAUAAUUUAAGAAAAUACCAUAGAUGGAUACAAGGAAAAUAGCAGCAGCAAGUAAGAGAGAGGUGAAGGUUUAUAAACUAAAAGAGGAGGCAGUUAGGGUAAGAUAUAAACAACUAUUGGAGGAUAGAUGGGCUAGUGAGAGUAUAGACAAUGAGGUUAAAGAUGUAUGGGGUAGCUUUAAAAUGUAGUGUUAGAGUAUUCAGUAGAAGUUUGUGGUUAUAGGAAAGUGGGUGCAGGAGGGAAGAAGAGCGAUUGGUGGAAAGAUGAUGUAAAGAGAGUAGUAAGGGAGAAAAAGUUAGCAUAUGAGAGGUUUUUACAAAGUAGAAGUGAUGCAAGGAGGGAAGAGUAUAUGGAGAGAAAAAGAGAGGUUAAGAGAGGGGUGCAGCAAUUUAAAGAGAGAGCAAAUGAGAGAGUGGGUGAGAUGUUAACAUAUUUUGUUGAAAAUAAGAAAAAGUUUUGGAGUGAGAUUAAUAAGUUGAGGAAGCCUAGGGUACAAAUGGAUGAGACAGUUAAAAAUAGAAGAGGAGAAUUAUUAAAUGGAGAGUCAGGUAUCGGGAAGAUGGAGGGAAUAUUUUGAGGAAUUGUUAAAUGUUGAUGAUUUCAUGUAUAGGGCAAGGAGGAAUAACAUCUUGUAGGAGUGAGGAAGAGCCAGUUGUGUGUGUGUGGGAAGUUCAUGAGGCAGUGGGUACAAUGAAAGGGGGUAAGGCAUGGGAUAAAGAUGGAAAUGUUAAAAGCAGGUGGGGAUAUAGUUUUGGAGUGGUUGAUGGUAUUCUUUAAUAAAUAUAUGGAAGAGGGUAAGGUACCUAGGGAUUGGCAGAGAGCAUGCAUAGUUCCUUUGUAUAAAGUCCAAGGGGAUAAAAGAGUGAAAAAAAAUAAUAGGGGAAUAAGUCUGUUGAGUAUACCUGGUAAAGUGUAUGGUCGAGUUAUUAUUGAAAGAAUUAAGAGUAAGACGGAGAGUAGGAUAGCAGAUGAACAAGGAGGCUUUAGGAAAGGUAGGGGGUGUGUAGACCAAGUGUUUACAGUGAAACAUAUAGGUGAACAGUAUUUAGAUAAGGGUAAAGAGGUUUUUGUGGCAUUUAUGGAUUUGGAAAAAGCAUAUGACAGGGUGGAUAGGGGGGCAAUGUGGCAGGUGUAUGGUAUAGGAGGUAGGUCACUGAAAGCAUUGAAGAGUUUUUAUAAGGAUAGUGAGGCUCAGGUUAGAGUAUGUAAGAGAGGGAGAUUAUUUUCCAGUAAAAGUAGGCCUUAGACAAGGAUAUGUGAUGUCACCGUGGGUGUUCAAUAAAUUUAUAGAUGGGGUUGUAAGAGAAGUGAAUGCUCAGGUGUUGACAAGAGGUGUGGAGUUAAAAGAUAAAGAAUCACACACAAAGUGGGAGUUGUCACAGCUGCUCUUUGCUGAUGACACUGUGCUUUUGGGAGAUUCUGAAGAGAAGUUGCAGAGGAUGGUAGAUGAAUUUGGUAGGGUAUGUAAAAGAAGAAAAUUAAAAGUGAAUAUAGGAAAGAGUAAGGUGAUGAGGAUAACAAAAAGAUUAGGUGAUGAAAGACUGGAUAUCAGAUUGGAGGGAGAGAGUAUGGGGGAGGUGAAUGUAUUCAGAUAUUUAGGAGUGAACGUGUCAGCAGAUGGGUCUGUGAAGGAUGAGGUGAAUCAGAAUUGAUGAGGGGAAAAGGGUGAGUGGUGCACUUAGGAGUCUGUGGAGACAAAGAACUUUGUCCAUGAAAGCAAAGAGGGGAAUGUAUGAGAGUGUAGUUGUACCAACACUUUUGUAUGGGUGUGAAGCAUGGAUGAUUAAUGUUACAACGAGGAGGAGGCUGGAGGCAGUGGAGAUGUCAUGUUUGAGGGCAAUGUGUGGUGUGAAUAUAAUGCAGAGAAUUCAUAGUUUGGAAAUUAGGAGAAGGUGUGGGAUUACCAAAACUAUUAUCCAGAGGGCUGAGGAGGGGUUGUUGAGGUGGUUCAGACAUGUAAAGAGAAUGGAACAAAACAUAAUGACUUCGAGUCUGUAUAAAUCUGUAGUGCAAGGAAGGUGGGGUAGGGGGUCAGCCUAGGAAAGGUUGGAGGGAGGGGGAAAAGGAGGUUUUGUGUGCGAGGGGCUUGAACUUCCAGCAAGCAUGCGUGAGCGUAUUUGAUAGGAGUAAAUGGAGACAAAUGAUUUUUAAUACUUGACAUGCUGUUGGAGUGUGAGCAAAGUAACAUUUACAAAGGGUUCAGGGAAACCAGCAGGCCAGACUAGAGUCCUUGAGAUGGGAAGUACAGUGUCUGCUCUCUGAAGGAGGGGUGUUAAUGUUGCACGUUUAUAACUGUAGUGUAAAGCACCCCUCUGGCAAGACAGUGAUGGAGUGAAUGAUGAAAGUUUUUCUUUUUUGGGCCAUCCUGCCUUGGUGGGAAUUGGGCAAUGUGUUAAAAAAAAAAUCAUAGAUGGAUUAAUGAAAAUGUCUAUAUUUACCUAAAAUAAGAUAUUUAAUGUGCCCAGGCGCACACAUCUGGUACCAAUGAUUUCUGAGAGGAUGUAUGAAACCCUUUGGGAAAUUCCUCCAAAAAAAAGUGCUCGAAAUCCGAAUUAUACGAUUUCCGCACCGGCCGAAAACCGGGGGUCCACUGCAUUCUGUUAUAUGGUAUUUUACUAGUUCUGCUUUCACUAUUGGGACAGCCUCAGUUAUGAUCAGUCAUUCAUGGUUAUAUUUUAUUAAUCCAAAAAACAAAGAGGGUAAAACUUAUAAUUUUUUGUAAUGGAUUCAAAAUAGAGGGCAAGUUCUGUAUAGGAGAGGCCUGGGGAUAUGAUUAGUCAACAGAGGAAAGACUGGUUUAGUGGUUGAAAUGCUUUGUGUUUAUUUUGGACUUUUUAAAUUAGAACUUUUUUAAUUUUGGGUAGUUCUGGUAAAUGAAUGGGCAGUUUCUUGUGCUCGGUCAAUAGAAUCGAAAUAGCUAGGAAUUGAGCAUUGGAGUGGGGUUACAAAAGUAUUCAAAGUGGGUGAAAUUGUCAAUGAAUAAAUUGCACUCGGACCACAUGUGUAAUUCCAUAGGUUUUCCAUCAAAUUUCACUUUUUUUUAUGUCAUUAUCUCCAGAAAAGGAUUCUCUUUUUUUUUUUUUUUUCAGAUUUAUUUUUUGUUUUGAAAAAUUGUGACAAUUUCAGAGGUCGGUUAACAGCCAAUGGUGUAGAGCUGGCAUGAAGAUGCCAUUUUGUUUCAGAUUUAUUAAAAUUUCCUGAUACUAACAGUGGAAUUCAGCCAAAAAGCACACACUGUAGAUUGAGCCUAGGAUAAUCCAAUAUAGUGAACCAGUGUGAUUUACUUCUAUGUUUCAGUGAGUACUGCACCUUGAAACAAUUGUAAUAUAAUGUUUCCUUGUAAAUAUAUGCUUUACAGUGGUCUAGAAGGCUGUGUACACAGGUGUUAUGGACACAGAAUUGCAUUAUUACAUACUAUAACCCAGGAUAUUCCCUCAAACCUAAAUAUAUCAUAAUGAACCUAAGAUAACUCAAGAAAAUCAUAUAGUGUGACUUAUUUUUAUUACACCUCGACACAAUUGUAAUACAGCCUCUCCUCCUUAGCAACAUAUGUACUCGCUUACCGAUGCCUCAGACUUACAACAGGCUCUCUGACCAGUAUUUAUACCUAAAUAAUGUAUAUUAGAGCUGAUUUCCUCUAUUCUGUUUAUUUCAAUAUAUACAGUACACUGUAUAAACAUUUAAAAAUAUACGAGAAAUAUUAUAAAUAGUGCAAAGGUGACAUUAAAAUAAUAUCAAAGAUGGCUGACACAAACCCACUACCAUUAUAGUAUGCUCCUCACUUAGAGACGAAUUUGUUUAACGACGUGGUCUUAGGAAUGAAACUCCGUUGUUAAGUAAGGAGACUCUGUAUAAUCAUAUUUGUACACUGCACUGGACCUUCAUGAGUUCAACACAUCAUUUCAAAUGUAAUAAUAAUAAUAUGGUAUACUGGUAGAAGAUGAAAGUGGUAAAAAAAAAUAUAUAGUAGUAUAUAGCAUACUAUAUUCCAGGUGGAGCAAUGUCCAAUUUAUGUACAUCCUCAUGUUUGAAAUGCUAAAACAUCUUGAAACACAUCUAAUAUCAUUUGAAACUAGUGUACACAGUGUUAGACAUUAUAAACAAUAAAAAUUUUUUAAAAACAAUCAUAAGUUGACAUCAGUAAAUGCAAAAUUUAAAUAUCACUGGCACAUUUAUACUGCUGUCAUCUAUAAAUGAUCAUUUUUCACCAAAUUCAGCACAACAUAAAAUUGUAAUUUACAUCCUAGUCUCUUCCUUUUUGUUUGAGUCUACUUUAAAAAAUACUCUUUCAAACUAAGAAGUUUCAUUUUUCAAGAUUUUACCACACAGGUAAUUUUAUUUCUGGGUAUGCCACAGUUAGUAGAUUAAGGCUAAACUGUACAGCAGUAUAACUUGACCCUGUGUAAUGACCAUCUCUGCAAAGAAAUUAUUAUUAUUAAUAGAAAUUCUACUCAUGUGGGUCAUACAACUCUCAAAUGAAGACUGGAUUAUGUAUAUCAGUGCCUAUGACCCCUUGGGGGAGAUUUUUUUUGAUGAAGGCAAGGCUAUUGAUGCAAGGAAUUUGAACCUGUCUUCCACUUCCUUGGAUUGAACCUGAUUGCCUCCCAUUUCCUUAUGUUGUAUGAUCAUUAUGAGUUUUGUGCUUUCCCUUUAAUGUACUAAUAUCAUAACAUAAUAUCGUUUGUUAUAAGUACCAUGAAAUUAUAAUUAAUGAAAAUGCCCAAAGUUAUUAGCAUUUCUUCCAUAUUAGCAAAAGGAUCAAUUAUAUUUAAAAGAUGCAGAAGCACUGAUAGUAAUAAAUUUUAAUAGUAAGAAGUUUUAAGCAUAGAUGAGCUGGAUAUGCAAGUACAGGUAUAUUCCAAGCUGACAACUUUUCAUGUGACAAAAAAAAACAUGAAAAAUAAUGAAUAGAAUUGUACAUAAGAUACAUUACUUUUGUAUGCCAUCAAGAGUAAGUGCUGUGAGGCAGUCACCUACUUGAAGUGAUAAGGUAUGGCUACAUCUGAUAGGUGUAUAAAUGCCUUAACAACACAGGUGUUCACUGUGUGAGCUUCUCGAUCCUUAUAUAGUUUUAUAUUUAUGUUUAUACAUAAAAAUAAAAUGAAAUCUUA